AGACAAGCAUUCACACCUUUCAUCAUCCCAACAUGUGGACCAGGGCCUUUUGAAGUCACAUGAAGCAAGGAAGGCCAAAAAGAAGAAGCCAAGACAGUUGCCACCAGAAUCUGAUGAUGACAUAGACACCAUCAUGAAUGCUCCGCCUGUGCCCUCAAACUUCCCAUGCCCUACCCCUGCUGGUGGAUCAUGGUAGCAUGGUGGAAUACUGUUCAAGCUUGCCACCAGAUAUUCAGUGCCAAAGGCAGGAAAGACAAGCAGCUUCUUCACAUUCUUCCUACCCCGGCAGCCCACGAAGUGGUAGGUUCUCAACAGGACAACCAGCAGCUGAACGAGCCAGCGUGCAUGAAGUCAUGCCACAGUCAGAUUUCCAGAGACAAGUUUUGCGGAUUCUUCACAUCAUGCGACUUGCACAGCAGGAGCAAGGCGAUCUCCUUCAUGAAGUGUCUAGGCAACUUGUGCAUUCAGACCCCAUUGUUGCUGAAGCCCCUCUAGUACCAACUCCAUUUGCAUCCUGCGAAGCUCUGGUGGACUUCAACGACUCACUUAAUGAGCAUAUGGAGACACGUUUGGUUGAAGAGCUUGCUCAGCUUGGGGGCAGCGAAGUGAGGCAAUCAACGAGAAAGAUACUUGAGUAUCUCCUGACAGACUACGUUGCAGCGGAAUUCAGCUGGUUAGGUCAGAAGGGCAAGCGGAAAUUUGGACAGCUGAAACUUCCACACCUUAUCAUCCGUGCCGUGAGGAAGAACAUCAGGCUCUCUGCAGCCACUAGAUAUGAAGUGGAGAGCGAGAUCAAGACGUGGCUCCGUCACGCAAAAGAACGCUGCACCAGCCAGCGAGCACUGACUGACCAUGCACCUUCACAACAGGACUGAGUGCGCUACAAAAAAACGUACCUGUGAAAGUGCAGUUUUUCGUACAUGGCAUUCAUUUUUAGGUUUUAGUUGUAUCAACUUCUGGUUUUACUUCUAGUCUGGCCACAUUCCUUUGCGAUGUUUGAGAGUUUGAACUGAUUUUGAAGCACACAGUUUGAAACGAGACAGUUUCACCUAAGCCAGUGUGGAGAACUUCAUAAGUGUAACGACUUGAAGGUGAACAUGUUUGGCACAAAUGUGUCUGGUUGGGAUAAACUCAAUGGGAGGAAAAAGACUAACACCAACUAAAGUUAAAUCAAGAGAGGUACUGCCGUUUCUAAGUCUACUGGCUCCUUUCUCAGGGGUGACAUUUGAAGCCAGAGAGACUUUCAUACAAGAGUAUUCACCGUUUUUUCUAUCACAUGGCCCAGGCCAUUAACAUAGACAGGCAGUGCAACCAAGUGUCGAUUGAACGUGCCAGGACCCAGUGAGCAGCCGCAGCCUGAGGUUCGUCUCAAGCUCAGUGAUAUUGGCAUUCCUGAAAUCAAUAACAUUACCUUUCGUUCGACAGUGUUCAGCUAAUGCACUUCGUUUCAUGUCACACUGUUUUUGUGCUGUAUCCCACAGCAUUAUCUGUUCCACGAUUCCAUUGAGACUUCAUGUGCAGAAUGUGCUGCUGCUUAUAUCGGGUAUGCUAAGAACUUCUCGCAAAGAUUACAUAAACAACGCCAGGAAGUAUGACAUGAAGCAAAGCGCCUUAGCUUAACACUGUCAGGUGGAAACCACGUCAUUGAUUUUGGGAAUGCCAGUAUCGGCGACUGCUCAUUGAGUUGUGGCACAUUCAACACGCAAACAUUCAACUGUCAAUAGGAACACUACACAGACUGUAGCUCAAAAACCUCCGCAUAGAAAGUGAAAAUAGAAAACAAUGACCACUCAUGACCAGUGUGAGCAAUUCUCCCUAGCUUCGAAUCGUGGCCCACAAGGAGGAGCCAGUAGGCUUGGAAAUGUCGUGACCCUCUGGCGCGAACAUUGGCUGGUGUUUUUCUUUUUUUCAUUGAGCUUCUUAAGUGAACUUAGCUUGAGGACUUUUUCAACAUAUUUAUCUUUUAUCUCUAUUGCGGCUACUCCUAAGCCAUUUUACCUGUGAUAUUUUUGAACAUUUAUGGAGCAUAUAUUUUGCGAGGCUUUGUUAAACGAAACGUGUUCAAAGUGCUUUUAAUGCAGCUGUACAGGGUGUUUCCUCUAGCUGCACUGAAUAUUCAGACAGACAUAAGUAGCAUUAUAAAACAUGCCCCGUACAUGCAAUAAUUAAUUUAGUUGUUACUUAAAGUAUAACAGUUCAUUAGUCUGCUAGGCCUCGUUCCUGAUGACUACCAUGUGCAGUUCAAUCUUCAAUUUUUUGACUACUUUGUGAUGAACAUUUAGACUUACUGACUUGUUUCAAUUUAUCCCAUGUAUGGUAUUUUGAGGUAACUGCGUUCAGAAUGCUUGAAAUAAGCACAAUGUGUAUGGUGCAUUGACAAGAGUAGGACCUCUGAAGUACUUCACAAGCUGUGAUAAAACAGACUGCAUCAUACGCAAUGAGGUAUCAAAAGUGCAAUUGUGUCCUGUCGCUUAGGCAGUAUAGUUUUCAUUGCAUUAUACAAUUCAUGGGAAAUGCGCUUCGGUACUAUUGCCUGCCUAAAAUAUGCCUCCACAUUGCUUGGUGGCAGUUAGUGUUUGUGCUACCCUUUACACUACCCUGUGAUAUCCUGAUGUUAAGAUGGGAGCAGUUCUAUUUUUGUCUACUGAAGUGCCUGACAUUCAAGUGUAUUGACAAGAGUAGGACCUCUGAAGUACUUCACAAGCUGUGAUGAAACAGAUAGCAUCAAAUGCAAUGAGGUAUCAAAAGUGCCAUUGUUUCUUGUCACUUAGGCAGUAGUUGUCAUUGCAUUAUACAGUUUGUGGGAAAUGUGCUUCGGUACUAUUGCCUGCCUAAAAUAUGCCUCAACAUUGCUUGGUGGCAGUUAGUGUUUGUGCUAUCCUUUACACUACCCUGUGAUAUCCUGAUGUUAAGAUGGAAGCAGUUCUAUUUUUUGUGUACUGAAGUGUCUGGGCAGGCUUGCCUUAUGAGUAACCCUUGUUAACUUUUGUAUGGAAGCAUAGAAUACUGAAUAAAAUUUCUAGUCAC